CCAGCCGCCGGUUGCUGAAGGCGAGCGAGCGAGCGAUGCUGUCGCCGCCGCUUCCUGAUUGGCUGCGGGUGGCUCCCUCUUCGUUCUGAUUGGCAGCUGGUGAACUGGAUGAUGCUGAGCAAGGGCCUGAAACGCAAACGGGAGGAGGAGGAGGAGGAGAAGGAAGCCCUGGCAGUGGACGCCUGGUGGCUGGAUCCCAGCCACCCAGCAGUGGCCCAGGCACCCCCGGCCGUGGCCUCUAGUUCCCUCUUUGACCUUUCGGUGCUGAAGCUCCGCCACAGCCUGCGGCAGAGCGAGCCGGACCUGCGGCACCUGGUGCUGGUCGUGAACACGCUGCGGCGCAUCCAGGCGUCCAUGGCACCCACAGCCGCCCUGCCACCUGUGCCCAGCCCCCCCGCAGCCCCCGGCGUGGCUGACCCCCUGCUGGCCAGCUCAGACGCUGCCCUCUCAGCCUCCAUGGCCAGCCUCCUAGAGGACCUCAGCCAUAUCGAGGGCCUGAGCCAGGCCCCCCAGCCCCUGGCGGACGAGGGGCCACCGGGCCGCCCCACUGGGGGAGCCCCACCUGGCCUGGGGGCCUUGGACCUGCUGGGCCCAGCCACUGGCUGUCUGCUGGACGAUGGGCUCGAGGGCCUGUUUGAGGACAUCGAUACCUCCAUGUACGACAGCGAACUCUGGGCGCCAACCUCUGAGGGCCUUAAACCUGGCCCUGAGGGUGGGCCGGGCAAGGAGGAAGCUCCAGAGCUGGACGAGGCUGAGCUGGACUACCUCAUGGACGUGCUGGUGGGCACACAGGCGCUGGAACGGCCACCGGGGCCGGGGCGCUGACCCCCAGGGCUGGAAUGGUUGUCUGGUGUCCAAAUUGAGCCUGGUGGCUGGACCUACUCUCCAUGGAAAGACACAGCUGGCUCCCUUAGAACAGAGAGGGGCUUUGGAGAGAGAGAAUCUAGUCCUGGGUAGCUUCACCUCCGUCCUCUUGUUUUGGGCUGAUGGAGGGAGCCUGGGAAUGGCCCUCAUGCUAGAAUGACAGGGCCUGGCGGCUGGACUGUGAUUGGACCAGGCCCCGUACUGGACUGAAUCCCCAGAGGUCAUAGCCUGGAAUACUCCUUCCCUGAUGUGGGAAGGGACCCCAACCAGUUUUUUUGAAAUUAAAACCAGUCCUGGGAA